CACUGUCAUUUAACAUCCACCAAAGAUCCAAAAGGAAAAAGGGCAAGUUUAAAAUAAAACUGUACAGUAUGUCCAAAAUAAGAAAGUAACAAAGAAAGUCGAGUAUGAGGGUAAAAUAGUGUGACUUUAAAAUUAUUAAGUUACUUUAAUGUCGUUCAAAAGUGUUUGUCGAUCAAUUCUGUUCGGUAUUCCUAUCGGUAUAACAUUUUUAGAUACUGUUGGAUAUGUUGCAAAAGUCGAAGGCAUUUCUAUGCAGCCAGCAUUAAAUCCAGAAUCCACUAACACUGAUUACGUUUUUUUGUCACGAUGGUCCAUCAGAGACUAUAAAAUCGAACGAGGUGAUGUAAUAUCCUUAACUUCUCCCAAAAAUCCGAAGCAGAAGAUAAUAAAACGUGUGGUAGGACUUCAAGGAGAUGUUGUGAGCACAAUGGGUUACAAAAAUCGGUAUGUUAAAGUUCCAGAAGGGCAUUGCUGGGUAGAAGGUGAUCACACAGGCCACACACUCGACAGUAACACUUUUGGACCAGUCUCUCUGGGACUUAUUACUGCCAAAGCUGUUUGCAUCGUAUGGCCUCCUGAGCGAUGGCAGAAGCUUGAAAACAAACUGCCCGAAUCUAGAAAACCCCUCAGUUUAAGUAUAUAAAUCUUUUUUUUUUAUUGUAUCUUAUUUUUACAUCACUGGAACAGCUAUCUUUUUUUGGUUAACUUUUUUAUGGAGCUGGGUAUUGCAACUAUUUAUUUAAUUUAUAUGUGGUAUAACAUAGUGAAUUAAUAUACUUGUAAAUAAGAAAUAUAAAAACUUGUAAAACUGUCA